AUGGCAGUCGACGCAAUGGAUCUGGACAGUUCUCCCGUGGCGACCACUGACGUGGAGCGCAAACGCAAGCACAAGAACAAGGACGUCUCGCCCUCAAAGAAGCGCAAGCAGGCCGAGCUCAGCGAAAAGAAGAACAAGAAAGAAAAGUCCGGCAAGAUUGACGCCAGCACUACAUCCGCCACGGCCGAAUCACCAGGCUCGCCAUUCUCCCUGGUCACCGCUACGAUGUAUCUCCCACUAUCGCCCAUCUCUAUCUCGCCCACUCACGCCUUGGCCUCGCUGCUUGCCGAGCACCUCUCCCCACUGCUAUUGACAUACUACCCACCCUUGAAGGGAAUCAUCAUGGCCUACUCCAACUCCUCGAUCUCCAGCACCAAACCCUCAUCCACACCGCGCCCAUCCUCCGACCCGAAUCCGCAGCCGCUGACGCUGGCCCGCACUGCGGACGAGUACGGCGUGCUGUAUGUCUACCUGACGGCCACAUUCCUCGUUUUCCGCCCGCAGCGCGGCCAAAUUCUCGAAGGCAGUGUGAACGUGCAAUCCGAGGGCUUCCUCGGCGCCGUCAUAUUCAACCUUUUCUCCGUCGGUAUCGAGCGCAAGCGACUACCGCCUUCGUGGCGCUGGGUCCAGCCCGGCGAGGACGAGAAUAAUGAUACUACGACCGGCACGACGGACGACGAGUCCGGGCCCGAGGGCGUGCCUGCGAACUUUGACGUCGAGAAGGAACUAUUCCAGCCGACUGCACUUGCGGUGGACGAGCUUGACCUCGAGGAUGGCGAGGAGGAGGACGAGGCGACGGGUCAUUUCCAGUCUGUGUCUGGCCACCGUGUGCGUGGGAAUGUGAAGUUCCGCGUUGUGGACGUGGAUGUUAUUCCGGGGUCGGAUCGGGAUCGUGGCUUUUUGAGCGUUGAGGGGACGAUGUUGGAGGCUGAGGAUGAGGAAAAGCUUUUGCUUGCUGAGCAGGAGGGUCAGUCGCUUCCUCCGGCUUUCUUGUCUGCGGGUAAGAGGUCGAACCGGGUUGUUCCGAUCUCGAUCGAGCCUGCUGCGGAGGCGGUUGUUUCUACGGUUGAUGUUCAUCUGGAUGAGGAGGAGGAGAAGCCUAAGAAGGAGAAGAAAGAAAAGAAAGAAAAGAAGGAGAAGAAGGAGAAGAGCGAGGAUAAGGACAAGUCCAAGCGGGAUAAGUCGAAGCACAGCAAGAAGAAGAGCAAGGAGUGA